AUGCCUCAGUGCUGGGCUGUAGGCAGGGGUGAGGCGCUGAGCCCUGCGGGUACCAGGUAUCGGGGGAACCUGGAGGAGGUGGUGCCCAGCGAGGAGGCAGGCCCAGGGCCCCGGCACACAGGAGGCAUCCAGCCCAGCAGGUGGGUCUUCACCCCAGACAUGCUUACUGCCCUGGCGCAGGAGGCCUGCGGCGAGUGUGUGGACCCCGUGCUGGUUCCCAGAGAGAGCUAUUUCCUGAGCCUCACCCUGUCACCUGUCACCAUCACCCCGAGAAUGAGCUGUGCCACCUCCCAGCACACUCACAGGGCAGCCUUGCUCAUCCGGGAGGUGGUCCAGCUCGGUGAGGACAACAUGGGGGUGCAGGAGGUGCCGACACUAAACCAGAUGUGGUCACGCGGCCAGCAGGUCAUUCUGUCCUACGAGGAGGACAGCGUUGUGAGCCGGCACGCAGAGCUGUGGCCUGGGAUCCCCUACUGGUGGGGCAACCAGGUGAAACCCCAGGAGCUCAUCCACUACCUGGAAAGCAUGAAGAGCCGCGGCCGCCCAGACGGGCUGUUCGUGGCGGGCAUCAACCUGACGGAGAACCUGGCGUACGUCCUCGGGCACCCGACCGAGUCCCUCAGGAAGAUGACACUCCCCAGCCUGCCGUAUCUCCGUGCGUGGGUCCGGGAGCAGUGCCCGGGGCCGGGCGCUCAGUGCACCAACAUCAUCGCGGGCGACUUCAUCGGGGCAGACACGUUCGUGGGCGACGUCAUAAGACUCAACGAGAAGCUGCUUCGAUGCUGA